CUCUCACCGUGUGCUUCUUUUUUAUUUUUCAUUUUUUAUUUUUUAUUUUUUGUUUCCAUCUCCUUCUAGACCGUCGGUACUUACCUAUAUAGGAAAGUCUAUCACCGGACGAAUUCACCUCCGAUCAUUUGAUUCAUCCAAUCGGCGCCGGAGAAAAUGCAGCACCAGAGGCUGAAGCAACAGCAACAGCAAGCCUUGAUGCAACAAGCUCUUCUUCAACAACAGUCUCUUUAUCACCCUGGCUUAUUGGCUGCUCCUCCGAUUGAACCAAUACCAAGUGGAAAUAUGCCUCCCGGGUUUGAUCCAAGCACGUGCCGCAGUGUGUAUGUUGGCAAUAUUCACCAGCAGGUGACUGAACCACUUCUGCAGGAAGUUUUCUCGAGUACUGGUCCUGUUGAAGGCUGCAAACUUAUACGAAAGGAAGAUUCAUCCUAUGGUUUUGUUCAUUACUAUGACCGUGCAUCUGCUACCCUUGCUAUAUUGUCACUUAAUGGAAGGCAUCUCUUUGGACAGCCUAUAAAAGUUAAUUGGGCAUAUGCCAGUAGCCAGAGGGAGGAUACCUCAAGUCAUUACAAUAUAUUUGUGGGUGACCUUAGCCCUGAAGUUACUGAUGCUAUGUUAUUUACCUGCUUCUCAACUUACCCUAGCUGUUCUGAUGCAAGGGUCAUGUGGGAUCAGAACACUGGGCGUUCUAGAGGUUAUGGAUUUGUUUCUUUCAGAAAUGAGCAGGAUGCUCAAUGCGCCAUUAAUGAUCUAACAGGAAAAUGGCUUGGCAGUAGACAAAUUCGUUGUAACUGGGCUACAAAAGGUGCUAAUAACAAUGAUACCAAACAAAGUUCUGAUGCAAAAAGUGUUGUGGAGCUGACAAAUGUCUCAUCAGAAGAUGGUAAAGAGGCAACAAACAAUGAAGCUCCUGAAAAUAACCCGCAAUUCACCACUGUGUAUGUGGGCAAUCUUGCUCCUGAGGUAACACAGCUUGACCUUCAUCGUCAUUUACAUGCCCUUGGUGCUGGGGUAAUUGAGGAAGUUCGUGUCCAGCGUGAUAAAAAUUUUGGUUUUGUAAGAUAUAACACACAUGCCGAGGCUGCUCUCGCUAUUCAGAUGGGAAAUGCUCAGUCAAUUCUUCGUGGAAGACAGAUUAAGUGCUCAUGGGGUAACAAGCCAACACCACCUGGAACUGCUUCAAACCCUCUUCCUCCACCAGCUCCGGCACCCAUGCAGGGUCUGUCAGCCAUUGAUCUUUUGGCUUAUGAGCGCCAGGUAGCAUUGGCCAAGAUGGGAGGCAUUCAUGCCUUUGUGCAACCUCAGGGUCAACUUCCACCAAAGCAAGCAUCCAUGGGUAUGGGCGUGGCUGGAGCAAGCCAGGCCAUAUAUGAUGCUGGUUUUCAGAACAUGGCUGCUGCACAACAGCUUAUGUACUAUCAGUGAUAUUACGGUUUACAAGGAAUUGGC